ACUUACCCCACUUUACCCCAUCCAAGUCAUGAUGCAUGAUGCAUGACCCACUGAGGAUAUCGAUGACAUCGUUUUAAGUUAGCACUGGUACCAAUUUCCUCUCGAAACCCAUCAUGUCUUCCUCACUGGAACAAUCGAGUUCGACACCUUACGUCUCAUCCUAUUCUAAGCGUUCACCCUUGGGUGCACUGUUCUCUAGAACUUUGCCGAGUUACAGUGGUCAAUAUCCAGUAGGAGUUCACGAUGUUGAAUUGUCGAUACCCAAGCAAUCUUUUGGGAACUUCAAGCAUAUAUCUAUGCCAGACGCGGAGGCAGGUCUUACGAUUGACACCGUGAUGUUCACUCUGUUCUACCCUGCAACGUCACCUCAUGACACAAGCCGUCAAGCUGUUUGGUUUCCGAGAUUGCGUCAGACAAUUGAUGGCUUCCUCAAGAUGGCCAAACGCACACCCAACUGUAUUUAUCGAGCAAUAGCGUAUCUAACUGCUGCUGCAGCUAUCUGGGGUACGGCUUUCCCCGCGAUCGAGAAUGCGCCAUUGAUGUCACCACCGCCAUCUGUGAGCAAAUGGCCAGUCAUCAUAUUCAGUCACGGCGUUGGCUGCUCACGCCUGAUGUAUUCCGCUUUUUGUGGUGAGAUGGCCUCGCGUGGCUACGUCGUAGUUGCAAUUGAACACCGAGAUGGUACUGGCCCCAGCUCUCGUAUUACUGCCGAAGGCGGAAUCGAGCGAGACUUUUACUGGCUGGAUUGGUCAGACUUACAGUACGCUAAGCACCUGCAGAUGUCCGUUCUAGUAUUGCUCACACAUACAAGCUGGGUAGAUCUAGAGGAACAACCGAAAAAUGAUACCACACUUCGGCAUGUUCAGCUGGAAGUUCGUAAAGCAGAGUUAGAACACGUUAUCCGGGCCGUCUAUCGCAUUUCUCAAAGUGAACAAGUACCACAGACUCGCUUCUCCAGAGGGGCCUGGGAUUGGACGCCUUGGACUUGCAUAGACCCCUCAAACCCUAUCAUGACUGGACAUUCGUUCGGCGGUAGCUUGGCUUUAGCUGCCGCCGCUUCCGGCAGCUUCCAUUUCUCCCAUGUAAUUGUCUUUGACCCUGCCACACAACGACUUACGCCUUGGAAAGGACAAAUAUCUAGUCCCCUGCUGACCAUCAAUUCAGAAGAGUUCUCACUCGGAGCCGAAUUUACCGUACUGCAGGAGGUCGCCACAACGGCAUCUUCCUGGCACACAUUCCUUUUGCGUACGUAUAAAGACAUCCUGAUGUCGCUGAUCCUGAUUUUCCUUAAAGCUGGUGCGACACACCCGGCAUUCAGUGAUGUGUUUUUGAUCCUUCCGGAUUGCAUCAAUCGGCUUGUAGGACUUGCGGCAGACCCACUACACAUAAUUGGUUUGACAAUCGAUACUGUUGUAAAGUUUCUGGAGAGCGGCACUGAAGAUGCAUGGGAAGAAGUCCGGCGCGUGGACAGCCGUGUCGUGGUGUCUGGAGGGCUUCGCAAUCUUGGAGAAUUAAUCAAGGUCCAACCUACAUCAAGCUAA